UUAGACGAUGAAGAAUUCAAACACUCAGAACGAACAAUUGGAGUGGGGAAUGAGGCCAGGUGGUAUGCUCGUCCAAAGAAGAGACGAUGAAUCUGAUCAUCAUCAUCAUCAAGACGUUGCAGCUGCUUCACAUUGCCCCAUGAUCGAGAUCAAUGUCGCUCAUGGUCCCGCGCAGUACAAUGUUCAUGUCCCUGCUGAAUCCACUUUUGGGCAUCUGAAGAGAGCUAUUGUGGAGAAAACAGGAUUGGAGCCUCAACAGCAAAAGCUUUUGUUUAGGGGAAAAGAAAGAGAGGACAGUGAACAUUUGCACACUUGUGGUGUGAAAGAUAAGUCAAAGAUUUUGCUUUUGGAGGAAUUGCCAAACAAAGAAGAGAAGAAGCCUGAAAAGAUUGAGGAUAGUGAAGAGAUGAGAAAGGCUCUCCAAUCAGUUGUUGGAAUCAGAGCCGAGAUUGAUAAGCUAUCAGAAAGGGUAACUGCAUUGGAAGUAGCUGUGAAUAGUGGGACCAAGGUGGCUGCUGAGGAAUUUGAUAUGUCUGCAGAGUUACUCAUGAAGGAGUUGCUGAAAUUGGAUUCCAUUGAGGCUGAAGGUGAAGCAAGAAUGCAGCGGAAGGCUGAGGUGUGUCGCGUCCAGAAGUUCCAUGAGACACUGGACAGUCUCAAGGCAAAAAAUUCCAACCCAUUUAGCAACAGUAGCAAUCCUAAUGCUGUCAUGGUGACAACCCAAUGGGAGACCUUUGACUCUGGAGUGGAAAGCUUGAAUCCUCCUCCCCCAAAGCCAUCCUCAACUACCAUAAAUCAGGACUGGGAACAGUUUGAUUAAUUUAGUAUUUGCUUUGUUGUUUUAGUCUAUGAAACUUGGCAGGACAUAUAAUAUAUAGCAGCUGGAGUACCUUUUUUAAUGGUUUCUGUGCCCUAUUUAAAUGUUAAGUUUCUGUUUGAAUUAGAGACCUUAUAACUUUAAAGAGUACUGAAGACAAUGAGAAUCUGUAUACUUUGAUUUUAAUUUAUAUUAAUAUUACAUGAUCUAAUAUUCCA